CCCAGUUAAAUAUCUGGUUAAAAGAAGAUGUUCUAUUUCUUUUACAAAACAUAACUAAUUUGUCAAGAUUUAGAAAACCGAUGGAGGAAAACGAAAGUAGAAAAAGUAUCUGUGGGAUCAAUCACGCAAAGCUGAUAAAGCUGAGAGUGGUACUAUACUUGAAAAGACUUUGAAUUAUUGCCACGCCAAUAUGAAAAACAUUCAAAUCCCUUUGCCUCUUUCUUGACCAUUAAUGAGCGAAGAAGACGAUAUGGAUUUCUUCACCUUCCCUCUCUUCAUCUUUCUUAUCUUCACUUGCAUAAACCUCUGCCGUUUGAUUCCGGCGAGACGAAACCCCAAGCUUCCCCCCGGACCAACCCCUCUUCCCAUCAUCGGAAACCUUUUGGCUCUUGGAGACAAACCCCACCUUUCUCUCACCAAUCUCGCCAAGUCUUACGGUCCAAUUCUGUCGUUAAAGUUCGGCCAAGUCACCACCGUUGUUGUAUCGUCCCCGGAGACAAUCCAACAAGUUCUUCAAACACAUGACAAUGUCUUGUCUUACAGAUUCAUUCCCGAUGCGGCAACGGUUUACGACCACGCCGAACUAGGACUCCCAUGGAUUCCCAUCUCCCCUAAUUACAAAAACCAUAGAAAAAUCUUCAACAACUAUCUUUUAUCUCCCAAGGCUCUCGACGCCAGUCGAAAUCUUCGCCGCAUGAGGAUAGACAAACAUCUUGAUAACAUCCGACGAUGCGCAGUGAAUGGCGAGGUGGUGGACAUUGGAACAACUUUAUUUUCAUUGGCGCUUAAUUUGAUAUCGUAUUCAAUUUGGUCCAUGGAUUUGGUGGACACGGAUUCGGAAAUGACUAAAGAAUUCAAGGCAACCCUGAGAGGAAGCUUGGAAGAAAUGGGAAGACCAAAUAUUAGUGACUUUUUUCCUGUGUUGAAGAAGAUGGAUGUUCAAGGUGUAAGGAGACGCACCGCCAUUCAUUUUGGAAAGAUGUUAGGUUUGAUUGAUGAGAUGAUUGACAAACGGUUGAAGAUGCAGGAAACACCUGACUUCACACCCAAAAAUGAUAUGCUACAUCAUCUUCUCAACAUGAAGGAGGACAACAAUGAGAUACCUCUUGAUAGAAACCAAAUCAAACAUUCAAUAUUCGUUUUAUUUUCAGGAAGCUCUGAUACAACAGGAUCAGUGGCACAAUGGGCAAUGGCAUAUCUCUUAAAAUAUCCAAAGGUGAUGUGUAAAGCCAAAGAAGAGCUAUUAGAAGUGAUAGGUAAAGGGAAUCCAAUUGAAGAAUCACACAUGGAGAAGCUUCCAUAUUUACAAGCAAUCAUCAAAGAAGUCUUAAGAAUGCAAUCAUCAUUUCUAAUUCCACGGAAAUCAGAAUCAGAAGUAACAAUUUUAGGAUUUACAGUUCCAAAAGGGACUCAAAUUAUUGUGAAUUUAUGGGCUUCAUGUAGAGACCCAAAUUUAUGGGAAAAUCCAGAUGUGUUCAUGCCAGAAAGGUUCUUGGAAAGUAAAGCAAGAAAUUUUGAGUUUAUUCCAUUUAGUCAUGGGAGGAGGACUUGUCCUGGUAAGGGAAUGGCAAUGAGAAUGUUGUAUUUGACAGUUGGUUCUUUGAUUCAUUGCUUUGAUUGGAAGCUUGAAGAUGGAGUUACACCUGAGAAUUUGAAUAUGGAUGCAAAAUAUGAACUUAUUCUAGUCAAAUCUCAACCAGUACGAGCUAUACCUCUUCUUAUUUAAAUUUUUAAAUUUCAAUUUAUGUUAUUCCAUCUUCUCUUUUAAAUAUUAGUGUAUCUGGGAUAACUUUUUUCGUGAUGUGUAUUCUAAUAAUUAAUUCUAAGAUUUAUAUCGUAAAUUGUCAUGUUGCGAAUUUGUUUUUUUUUUUUUUAAAUUUUCCUUUUUGAAAUACCACUAGUAAUUCAUGUG